GCUCCCACCCCCACAAAAACAGGAAACCCUUUUCCUCCUUUAUUCGCCCUCCUUUCAAAGGGAAUCGAAGGGAAGAUGAAUGCAGGUGGCAAAGCGUGGAUCGUGGCGGCCAGCAUAGCGGCCGUGGAGGCACUGAAGGACCAGGGCUUCGCGAGGUGGAACUACCCCAUCAGGUCGGUCCACCAGCACGUCAAGAGCAACCUCAGGUCCUAUUCUCAGGCCAAGAAGCUCUCUGCCCCUUCUUCUUCCGCCAUGGCCAAGGGCUUGAAGCGCCUGGAGGAGUCCCACGGCAAGGUCAUGCGCCUCAAUUCCUGGGGCCCCGAGUGUACCAGGUUUUAGGAAAUAGGGAGGGACUCUAAUAAUAAUUGCAGUAGAGAGAGAGAGAGAUUUGCAUUCU